UCUCUCUCUCCAUCAUUCUCUCUUUCUCUCUCUCUCUCUCUCUCUCUCUCUCAUCCUCUUCUGUCUCCAUUUUCCAUUUACCCUUAAACAAGGCUUUUUUUGUCUGAGGCCUCAUCAGACUCACAUGGUUCAGAAAGGAGAGGACGCAGAGGUUCAUAGACGGAAAGGAUAAAGUGAGCGAAGGAGAGAUUCCCGAGGACACAUUUCUUAGAUCAGCUUUCGGUAUGCCUUCUGUUCAUUCCUGAAGAACAGAGGAACACAGAGUUUCUAUAAAACAAACAAGAUUUUAGAACCUGGAAAAGUAAAGACAUGUUUGUAGAAGUGGAAAAAUUCCCAGAUCAGGUCUCUGGAUUUGGAAAGAUGCUGGAGCAAAAUAUUAGAAGCUGAAAAACUGGGACGAGAUUCUAGGAGUGGAAAAAUUCUAGAAAGCCAAAAUACUGAAAGAGGUUUCCAGAACCAGAGAGAUAGUGGAUCACUGAAAGACAGUGGAACAAGAUUCUGGAAAUCCAACGACUGGAAUAAGAGUGUACAGAAGACAGAAGAGGAACAUUCUGGAAUCUGGAAAAGAUUGACAAACGCAGUGGGAAAAGAUUCUAGAAAUUGAAAGAGAGUGGAAUAUUACUGAAGAAAAAAAAAACUAGAAUAAGGUUCUAAAAGAAGAAGGAGGUUCUAGCAGCAAUGAAACAAAAAUAUUAAGAAGUCAUAAAUCUGGACGUCUGGAAGUAAAACCAUAAGUGGGAACAAAAUCACCCUACAACAACAUGGAGAACAAAAAACCAGAAGAUGCACAUAUGGAUGAUCCAGACUUACACAUGGUUCAGCCUCCCGCAUUACAGUUGCAGGCCCUGUGGGCGGAGCUUAAGGCCGGACUCAGGGGUGUGGUUCAGGAGAUCUCCUCCUUACAGCAAAGCAACAGCCAUUUGGAGGAGAAAGUGUCCGAGUGCCAGAGAGACACGGCGGAGAAAAUCCUGUCUCUGAGAAAUAAGCUGAACACACUCCAGGAGGACACAGGCACUGCUCUGUCUCAGAUCUCUGAACUCAGCAUCAGACAAAAAGAGCUACAGACAGAUCUGGACCUACUGCGGAGGACACAACACAGUGGAAAAUUCUCCAAGGGGGAGGAGCUAGUGGAAGGCCACGCCUCUCCCUGCAGCCAAACACAACUGAAGCUUAUUCAGCAUUACAUCAGCAGCUUGCCAAACAAUCAGAUUUCUGAACAGGGUGGCAGUGAUUUCAAGACUCCCCCUAAAGCUCCACUGUGGCGGGAAAGGAGAGAGAGCCGUGACCUGACAGAACAGAUCAGCCAGGACAUGAGUCAAAGGCAGGUAGCUGCUCUGGGUCUGUUGGAGUCAGAGAGAGUUUACGUGUCAUAUCUGUCUCUGCUGCUGAAGGCUAACAUCACCUACAAUGGCUGUGAAAACUCUAACAUCAAAGACAAACGGCUGUUCCCAUCCUCCUUACGGUUUUUGAUCCAGCAGCACCUGGAGCUGUUGCAUCUUCUGCAAGAACGUGUGCUCAAGAGUCACUGGCAAGGCCUCAUGGGAGAUGUGUUUCUGAGGCUUACUAGUAAAGAGAGUGACUUUCUGGACAACUAUGUGUCCUAUUUAAAGGAGCUCCCCGAGUGUCUUUCAGCCGCCAGCUUGUUCUUAAAGCCUGUUGGCCUGCUAGAGGAUGACAUCACAGGAGAUGAGACACAUCCAUCCCUCCACACUCUGCUGCUCCAGCCAGUUCAGCGUAUCCCAGAAUACCUCAGGCUCUUACAGAACCUGUUGUGGCAAACGGAAUCUGAGCAUCCAGAUUAUUACCUGCUGCUUGUGUGUGUUCAGCAUCUCCGGUCUUUCACCUCCCAGUACAGUAACCUUCUCCAGCACAACCAGGAGCUCCUCACUAACUCACACACACACAAUCUGUGCACACACAAGCCGGACCGUAUGACACACACACGCAAGGAAUUCAGCAGAUCAUCAGUAAAGCAGCUGUAUAAAGUGGAUUAUGAGAAUUCAUCAACUUACAGUAGCACAAGUGCACUGACUGAUCUAUCUCAUAUUCAGAGCAGAAAGAAAGCGGCAGUCCGUCGUUACCCCGAUUGGGAGCCGGAGUCUAAUCGCUUUCACCCCGACAUUUCCUUUGCAUCCGACUCUGAAUCUCGUCACAAAUCCACACCCACUCAGCUCCACAGGAUUCCAGAAACAGAUAAGGCCGGGUCGGCCCUGGCCGACGCGAUGGGAUCGUUCCUCCCAUACAGAGAUGGAGACUCUCACUGUUCAAGUCGGUCCCAUUCCACUGACUCCAGCAUUGACAUUGCUUUUGUGAGCUGUAGCCCUUCCCUCAAUCCGGACCAUCAGUCACACGGCAGAGGGCAGAGUGGUGCGGGUGGGGUUUACAGACCCAAUCGUGGCUGCGUGUCACCUGAUUCGACAAAGAUUUUACAGCCUGUACAGCGGAAGAGCAAGUCGCUGAACGGCUUGCAGCUGGACAGCAUCGACAGCCCUGCCCACCCGGUCAGAAGUCCCAUCCACCCGAGGCUGGUGCGCCAAUCGAGUGCCAAAUCGAGGCUGAGGAACUGCAGCCCAGAGCGGCAUCACGAACCCAACACACACACCACUGCUGAGGAGCUCAAACAACACAAGGACCCCGGACCUCCUAUAUGGGAGGAGUUCAAAUGGAAAGGCGUGUCUGAGGAAGGUGACCACGCCCCUCUGAGCGAGCGUAGCAGGAAGGAAGGCAAAGGUUUCCGGAGCUCCUUCAAAAAACUCUUUAAAAAGAAGUCUGGUGGUGAAAGCAAGGUGGAGAAAGCUGUGGAGAAGGUUGAAGAACAGAGCAGCAGUGAGCUGGAAUCUGGGAGGUCAAACAGAGUACGACAACCUGGAGAUAUCGAAAGAGGAACUGCGGUUUAAACACACACACACACACACACACGCACACGCGUGCACACACACAAACAAACUAGAAUAAUCUAUUCUUGUGUAUAUGGUGGAUGUUAUGCACCAUCGCUCACUCUUUUUUUUUUCCUCUCACGCACACACACACAGACAGACACACGCACAAAGACACACACACAGACACGCACAAAGACACGCACACACAAACAAGAAGAAACUAUUCUUGUGUAUAUGGUUGUUAUGCAUUCUCUCUCACUCUUUCUCUCUCUUGCAUGCACACGCGCACACACACACACACACACCUUUUCUCACUUCUUCAGUGCUUUCAUCAUCUCCUUCACCAUCCUCUCCCUCAGAACACCAUUAACCUCCAUUCAGUAAGGAUAUAAAAAUAACCUCACUGCUGUUCUGUAUAUUUUUUUUCAGCCCAUAUUAACAAACAUCCACAAAUGAUUGGAUUUGAUUUUGUCUCAAUAUUCAAUGACCUUCACAUGACAUUAAACAAAACUAAACCAUC